GGUGAUUGAUUCCGAUUACUUUUCAUAUAUUCUUUCUCGAACAUUCAAGUUUCCGAUCACUUAUUAUUCGACUUCAACGGCGUCGUUUUAUUAGUUUAAGUUUCCGAUAACUUAUUAUACUACCUCAACGGCGUCGUUUUACAAAUCAGAUAUUUUAUAAAUCAGAUCGGAAGUUUGUUUGUUAUAAACUUAUAAUUCUGUUGUGAUUCUGUUGAAGAGUUUGUUUGCGUGUAGAACAAGUUAACGAUGAAGGUGAACGUGAAGACGUUGAAGGGGACUCACUUUGAAAUCGAAGUGAAAGUUGAAGAUACGGUUGCAGAUGUGAAGAAAACUAUAGAAACAUUGCAGGGAGCUGAUGUUUAUCCUGCUGCACAGCAGAUGCUCAUCCAUCAAGGUAAAGUGCUAAAAGAUGGAACCACCAUGGAAGAAAACAAAGUUGCUGAAAAUAGUUUCAUCGUCAUCAUGUUAUCGAAGAACAAGAGCUCCCCUGCUGCUGGAGCUUCAUCAGCUGCAACUGUCCCAAAGGCCACUGAGACAAGUUCAGCGACUGCUCCUACUCCAGUGGCGGCACCACCUCCUCCGCCUCCUGCAACUGUGACACCAACCCCAGCACCGGUAUCAACUCCGGCCGCAAACCCAACAUCUGAAAACGCGUAUGGGGAAGUAGCAUCGAAUCUUGUUUCAGGAAACAAUUUAGAGGGUGCGAUCCAGCAGAUUCUUGAUAUGGGUGGGGGUACUUGGGAUAGGGAUACUGUUGUUCGUGCUCUUCGUGCUGCUUUCAACAAUCCAGAAAGAGCUGUUGAAUAUUUGUAUUCGGGCAUACCGGAGUCGGCUGAUCUUCCUCCAGCACCGGGAGCUCCAGCUGUGCCGCCAGUUCAGCCCGCACAAGCACCACCAGCAGCUGCUGCAGCAGCUUUGCCAACUGGACCAAAUGCAAAUCCCUUGAAUCUUUUUCCUCAGGGUAUUCCUGACAUGGGUGGGAAUGCACCUGCGGGUGCUGCUGGCAACCUGGAUUUCCUGCGCAACAGCCAACAGUUUCAAGCUUUCCGUGCAAUGGUGCAAGCUAAUCCACAAAUCUUGCAGCCUAUGCUCCAAGAGUUAGGGAAGCAGAAUCCUCAGCUGGUGAGACUCAUCCAAGAGCAUCAGGCUGAUUUCCUUCGCUUAAUUAACGAACCCGUCGAAGGCGGAGAGAAUCCAUUCGGACAGCUGGGGGCAGGGAUGCCACAGACGGUAACAGUCACACCAGAGGAGCGUGAAGCUAUUGAACGACUUGAAGCGAUGGGAUUUGACAGAGCUCUAGUAUUGGAGGUGUUUUUCGCGUGCAACAAAAACGAAGAACUGGCUGCUAAUUACCUUCUCGACCACAUGCACGAGUUUGAAGACUAGUUUAAAUGAAGGUGGUGAAUUUACAUUUUAAACCCUGGCUCCCCUCGCUGGUUAUUCACUUUCUUUUGUGCUUUUGGGUGACCCGAAGUGUAUGCACUUGCUCUGUUAUCUUUUUUAUAUUUGGGUGCGUAUACUUUAGGAUAUAUGGGAGGAUUAAAAUUGAAAUGCAACUAAAGUUUCUGUCUGGUUACUUUUGCCGUCGUUAUGUUGGUCUAACUUUGCAGUUAAAUAACUGGUGUUAGAUCACUGCAUUUGAAUCUAUGAUUACUGUUAUUAA